AUGAAGUGGGUCCCCAUUCCCCCUGCCCGUUCCAUGUCUGAGCUGAGGGUUGUUCUGCUGGGGAACAGCUGGUCUGAGAGGAGUUCAGUGGGGAACUUCAUACUGGGAGAAACUGUGUUCAACACUGAAGAAGAACCAGAUCACUGUCUGAGAGUCAGUGGACAGUUGAAUGAGAAAAAAAUAGCUCUCAUCAACACCCCAGAUCUGCUGAAUCCGAACAUCUCUGAAGACAAACUAUCAGAACAUGUAGAAAACUGUGUGAGAUUCUCUGAUCCUGGACCUCAUGUGUUCCUGCUGGUUCUACAGCCUGAAGACUUCACUGAGCAACACAAGGAGAGACUACAAUCAAUCCUUGAAUUCUUUAGUGAUCGAUCAUUUGAUCGUUCAGUGAUACUGAUAUCAACACAAAGAGAGAAGAGUUCAGGUUUGAUGAAGAAAAGUAUGAAACAGCCACAGUUCAAAGACAUGAUCAGUAAAUGUAAAUCCAAGUUAUUUUGGCAGAAGAACCUUCAACGUCCAAAGCUGUUACAGAUCAUGGACCAAAUUGUGAAUGAAAACAAUGGAGAUCAUUUGAUCUGUGAAGCAUUUGAGGAAGCAGCAGCUGUUUUACCAAGUGAACAUGGAAGUAUGAAACAAGAGGAAACAGCCAGGACCCGCUUGGAUACUGUUAAAGCUGCUGGGUUCAGGCCUCAGACAUCACAAACUCCAUCACCACCUGGAUGUACAGACAACCAGUUCUCUACACUGAGGAUUGUGCUGGUGGGGGAAAAGGACGACAUAAAGACAACACUUGGCAACUUCAUUACUGAGAAAGAACAAUUUAAUUGCCAAAAAAAUCCCUCCUGUGUGGCCGCCUGUGGAGAGUGGAGAGGAAAACCAUUGACUGUAGUAAAAACUUCAGACAUCUUCAGUCAGUCUGAGCAGACAGUGAGAGAAGAAGUGAGAAGAUGCAUGAAUCUGUGCCUCCCUGGACCAAAUGUUCUGCUGCUGUUAGUGAAUCCUUCUGAGUUCAAUGAAAAUGACAAAGAAAGACUGAAGUUCAUCCUGAGUUUGUUUGGUCGAGAUGCUUUUAAACACUCCAUGGUCAUCAUCACACACAAGGAGAAUACAACAAGUUUCACUGUGAAUCAGCUGAUUAAAGACUGUGGAGGAAGAUACUACAACAUGUUUGACAACAACCACCGACAGUUAAUGGAGAAGAUUGUUCAUCAAAACAGAGGAACCUUCCUCACCUUCACUGAAGAGACCAGAAGACCAAAGUCUUUAAACCUGGUUCUGUGUGGGUGGAGAGGAGCAGAGAAGACUUCAGCAGCCAAGGCCAUUUUAGGUCAGACAGAGCUUCAUUCAGUCUCCAGCUCAUCAGAGUGUGUUCAACAUCAGGGAAAGGUGUGUGGACGUUGGGUUUCUCUGGUGGAGCUGCCUGCCUUUUAUGGAAAACCUCAGGAGGCAGUGAUGAAGGAAUCAUUCAACUGUAUCUCCCUCUUUGAUCCUGAGGGUGUCCAUGCCUUCAUCCUGGUCCUACCUGUGGGUCCCCUUACUGGUGAAGACAAGGGAGAGUUAAAGACCAUCCAGAACGCAUUCAGCUCUCGAGUCAAUGACUUCAUCAUGAUUCUGUUCACUGUGGAGUCAGAUUCUACAGCUCCAGCUGUUUCUGACUUCAUAAAAAAGAACAGAGAGAUCCAGGAGCUCCGUCAGAGCUGUGGAGGAAGAUGUGUUGUUCUCAACAUCAAGAACAAGCAGCAGAUCUCUGAGAUGUUGGAUAUUGUGGAGAAGAUGAGACAAUCUGAAAAUAAACCAUGUUGCUAUACAACGGAGACCUUUGCACAUGCCCAGAUGGAUAAACUCAUACAACAACAAGCUGAACUUGAGAAGUUGAAAAAGAAGAACGAGAUCACUGGUGAUGAUGAGAAACAGAACUCAGAGUGUCUCAAGAUUGUUCUUUUAGGGAAGACUGGCUGUGGAAAGAGCUCUACAGGAAACACCAUUCUGGGAAGAGAAGCAUUUAAAGCUGAAUUAAGUCAAACAUCAGUCACCAGACAGUGUCAGAAAGAACAGAGUGAAGGAGACCGUCGUCGUGUCAUCGUGGUCGACACUCCUGGUCUGUUUGACACCACUUUGUCUCAUAAAGAGGUUAAUGAGGAGAUGGUGCAAUGCAUCAGUCUUCUGGCUCCAGGACCACAUGUCUUCCUGUUGGUGUUACCGAUUGGCAGAUUCACAGCAGAAGAGAAGGAGACAUUAAAACUCAUCAAGGAAGGCUUCGGGAAGGAUUCAGAAAAGUUCACCAUCAUUCUUUUCACAAGAGGAGAUGACCUGCAGCGUAGCAGGAUGUCCAUUGAAGAAUACAUUAACAAGAAAUGUGAUAAUUCCUUUAAGAAGCUGCUUGCUGACUGUGGAGGAAGAUACCAUGUGUUUAAUAACUGCGAGGAAGGGAGCCACACACAAGUCAGUGAGCUGAUAAACAAGAUUGACUCCAUGGUGAAGAAAAAUGGCGGCAGCUGCUUCACCAAUGAGAUGCUGCAAGAGGCAGAGGCAGCAAUAAGGAAGGAAAUGGAGAAGAUCCUGAAAGAGAAGGAAGAAGAGAUGAAGAGAGAGAGGGAGGAGUUUGAAAAAAGACAUAAAGAAGAAAUUAAGGAAAUUAAAAAACGAAUAGAAAAAGAGAGAGCAGAGAUUGAACAGGAGAGAAAACUGAAAGAGAAACAACUUCAGGAAAAGGAGGAAAAGAUUCAGAAAGAACAAGAACAGAGAAAGAAAGAACAGGAAAAGAGAGAAGAAGAAGACAAGAAGAGGAGAGAACAGGAAGAAAUUCAGCAUCAGCAGUGGGAACAGAAACUUGCAGCUUUUGAGAAAAAGAUGUCAGAAUCAGAAGAAAAAGAAAUGAUUAAUAAAAAGCUGGAGGAGAACAGAGAAGAGAUGAGAAAAGAACGAGAGAACUGGGAGAAGAAACAAAAAGAAAUGUGGGAGAAACGAAAGCAAGAAGAUGAACAGAAACGACAAGAGGAACAGAGAAGAAUAAAAAAGCUCCAAGAAGAAUAUGAACAGGAAAGAAAAGAAUAUGAAAAGAAAAGAAAAGAAGAAGAUCAGAACAGAAGAGAACAAGAGGGGAAAGAGAGAAAAGAAUUAGAGGAAAAAUACAAUAAAGAGCUGGAGAAUGUAAAGAAGAAAUAUGAAGAUGAAGCCAGAAAGAAAGCUGAAGAGUUCAAUGAAUUCAAAGAGAAACACAUGAACGAAUUUGAAGCUCAGAAGAAAGAGUAUGAGGAACAACUGAAAGACAAAGAUGAACAGUAUGAUCUGUUAAAGGCACUAAAAGCCAAUGAUGAAAAAGAACAGAAGAAAAAAUAUCAAAGACAAAUCAGUCAGUUAGUGAAAAGUGUCUCCAAAAAGAGAAAGAAUCUGAAAAGAAUCCGCACCUUACUGGAAACACAGGAAAAGGAAAUGGAAAAGGUGCUCCGGAUGGCCGGUGUGCUCAUAGAUCCGAGCCGGGCUCCGGUGGCCUUCGGGCGGCUCGCGGUGCCGCAGCUGUUCGGGGAGCUGCAGCAGCUGGAGGCCGACAGGAAGCAGCGAGCUCUGGCUUCACUCUGCGACCUGAUGCACGACCCGGAGAAGCUCUACCAGGCUGUGACUGGAGGUGAGACAGUUGGCAUGAAGCAAAUAUACACAGGGAGAAGUACUCAGAUACUUUAA